AUGGGUCAAAAACAGUCCAAGUUAACACCCCAACAACUAGAAGACCUCCAAAAGUCGACGCACUUUGAUAAGAAAGAGUUGCAACAAUGGUAUAAAGGAUUUUUGAAGGAUUGCCCUUCGGGUACCUUGACCAAGGAGGAAUUUCAGAAGAUCUAUAGACAGUUCUUCCCAUUUGGCGAUCCUAGUUCCUUUGCCGACUACGUCUUCAAAGUCUUCGACUCUGAUAAGAGCGGCACCAUUGACUUCAAGGAGUUCAUUUGCGCGCUCAGUGUGACCAGUCGCGGCAAGAUGGAGGAUAAGCUGGACUGGGCAUUCCAGCUCUACGAUAUCGAUGGCGAUGGAAAGAUCAGCUACGAGGAAAUGCUGGCCAUCGUUGAGGCUAUCUACAAGAUGGUCGGUUCAAUGGUCAAAUUGCCCGAGGACGAGGACACCCCGGAGAAACGAGUCCGGAAGAUAUUCAGAAUGAUGGAUAAGGACGAGAAUGGCAGUCUCGAUAUGGCCGAAUUCAAGGAAGGCAGCAAACGGGACGAAACUAUCGUCUCAGCCUUGUCGCUAUAUGACGGCCUGGUAUGA